AUGAAGCUUCGCCUGAAAAUAAGGCAACCGAUAAGAGGAGAAAGAACUCUGAUUAGGACUUGCGUUCCUGCCUUGGUAGCCCUUGAAACCUCUGCAAACGUCGCGAUUCAGGCUAUCUCCAAUCGGGAGCAUCGUAUGCUGCACUCCAAACACGAGACUAUAGUGGAAAGAGGGUACAUGGACGGUGUCCUUGCUUGUUACAUCUACCAGCGCAAUGUUAUCGGCAAUGGGUCAGGUGCUACGGCUAACCCAUUCACCUCUAAGAUGCAUCCGUUAUAUGAGAUUGCCAAGAGCAGUCGUAAGGUGAGAAAGAAGUUGCUAGGGAACAUGACCAUGAGUGUGGACUUUGAGUCCCCAAAACUAUAUGUUGAUCCCUCGAAACCAAAUCAUCUGGGCUACUCGAAAUUUGUGCUCGAGAAUCUUGCUUUCUUUGAGUAUGGGACCUUUGAUGAGCUAUACCAAGUUGUGACCACCAUGGAAAGAGUCGUUUCUGGAACAGGAAUCACUGUGGCCCAUUCAAUCGAGACAGAUAUCCUUCUUCUUAAACUGGAUUCUGGGGACACCACAGAGCGAAUUAUCACACCAGAUACUCUGAAAUUAUUGGCGACUAGUGCGGCGAUCCUCUUCAUGUUAUGGGAAUGCAGGUAUUUCUUGAGAAAGUCUUAUAGCAUCAAUGACAACAAGAGCCGCGAUUACAAGAGCAACAAACUCUCCGCCAAAGACGCGAACAAGGCGCCAUCAAGAGCGGCCACCUGGUCCAAUGGCGCCGCCACACUUUGGAAACGAUUUGAGGAAAUCAUGACCGACCUCAAGUCUGACGAGGGCAUGAUGAAGCAGUGCAAAGAAUUCGUGGACCUCCUUACAGUUGACAAUGAAUUCAAACUCGCCGCUGAAGGCGAGGAUCCCGAGGACCUCGAUGGUGAAAGGGCCCUGACACCAAUCCAUGACCUCCAGGAAGAAGGCGGUAUUGGUGGAGAACUUGGCACACCAGGGAAUAACAAGAAGCGCAAGUUCACAUCUGGAUCUCCCGAGAAGGGCCUAAUGAGGCCGAAGAAGAAGGUCAAGGCAAAACCCUGGAAGUCGGCUGGGAAGGAUGAAUGAAUACGCUUUUAUAUUAUACUUUAGUCUUUAUGCCUUCCGGGUUUAUUUUUUCCCCCUUUCCC